ACCCACGAUGGGUUACAAUCAUAUGUGAAAAUCAAGUAAAUUUGCUAAAAGCUUUCGCUCUUUGCUGGCGAGCAUUUGCCCCUGACAUUCAAAUGUGGGAGCGAAUGACAGGAAAGUUCGAAACAAAGGAAAAAAUCCUAAAGUGGAAAUAUUGUGAAAAGAUAGGAGUGAAAUCUGAAAAUAAUUUCAUGAUGAAAGAAAAGAAAAAGGAUACAGACGAAAAGGUGAUCAUAUGGGGAUCGGAAUGCGUACCAAUUGAUGUCCGAGUUUAUCGGAGAAAAGAUUAUGUGGGAGGCAAUGGUAUCAAUAACACACGUUCAAUUCGUAAAAUUGUUGAAGACGCUCUCUGGAAUGCUAGAUUUAAGCAAGCAGAUGAGAGAAAGAAUAACAAACAGAGAAAAAAAUAUAAAGAUCCUGACUCUGGUAAACGCUUUAGCUAUAUCGUUGUGAAUGACGGCCCUCAUUAUAAAAAAGAUGAUUCAAAAUCAACAAGAAAGGGUGAUUACAUGAAGUUUCCAGAAAUUGCAAAAGAGUUUAAUAUGAAAAUAGAUAUCAGACAUUAUUUAGAACAAACAGUAGGAAUGUGUGCACGUUUUAUCAAUAAGGAUAAUAUAUUCCUACCACCCUCAUCAGAUAAAAUAAUGCAGAUUAAAGAUUCAGAUAUAAGAGAAAAACAGAUCGAUAAAUAUUCUCAGAAAAAGGCAAAAAACUGGCUUAUUAAAUAUAUCAAGAGUCUUCAAUAA